AUGCGUUUCCUCACAAAUAUUCCCAUUCUACUGGCUGCUUCUGCUACUCUUGCUGCUGCUAGCUCAGGCUCGCCUAAAUGCGCUGCUCAGAAGGUUCUAGACCAAUGCCUUCAAACUGAGAAAUUCGCUUUGGAGAACUGCGCAAGUUCUGAUUGGGACUGUCUGUGCACCCAAAGCACCAAUGUAGUAGGCUGCUACAACAACUGCCCCGAUGACCAAGACCGUAUUGGAGCCCAAACAAUCCGCCAACAAAACUGCGCCAACGCCAAGGCAUACGAUCCCACAACCACACCAACUGCAACUGGAACCUGGACUUCUACCGAGACUCCUACCUCUGCAAACUGGAGUGCUACCUCUGCCUCUGCUACAUCCGAGGCCACGAGCACUACUUCUGAUGAUUCAUCCGACUCGGAUAAAUCUGACUCUUCUGAGCCCACUAAGGCGCUGAGUGGACUUCAAGCUAAGAGUUCCCCGUCUCAAGGUGCUGCAGCUGGAGUGGCAGCUGGUACUGUUGGAUGGUUGGGUGUCCUUGGGUUUGGAUUGGGUGUUAUGCUUUGA